AUGGUAUGGCAACAAGGUUUAAUAUUAAAAUUAAGCAAUUUAAAUUCCUUAUGCGUACCUAUUAUGGGAUUGCAAAAUAUUUUCAAGACAACUGUUAUGGCUGAUUAUGAUGGACACUAUUCAAAUGAAAUUAAUGCAUUAAGAAGUGCUCCACAAAAUUCUGUGUUUGGGCCGAUUGCCCACAUUGUAAAUACAUAUGAUUUUCCACAAAUAUUUCGAAAUCCAUAA